AUGUCGACGGCAACCGCAUCCCUCACCGGGGGAUUCAAUUGGUUCAAGACAGGCAUCACGGCCGGCCUGCUGCUGGUGGGAGCGAUGGUAUUCGCCCUGACAUACCUGGCGAUACCUGAUUUCCAGGAAUGGCUGAUGGCGACGCUGGGGGCCGGAUGGGCGGUGGCAGCGGGAUUGGGUUUGGCCGUGCUGCUGGCGGUGGUAUACCGACCAGCAGGGCUGGUACGCGGGUGGAAAUGGUGGUCGGCGCUGGCGAUAGUCGCGGCCGUCGCGGUGGCCGGGCUGACGUUCUGGCAAGGCGAAAGCGGAGCGUCCUACGCUUAUGGAAUGGCGGGACGAUGGGGAUACGCCCUGACCGGCGGGCAGUUCGGGUGGUGGCUGGUCGAGUUUCUGGCUGCGCUGAUGGUCAUCAGUUUGCUGCUGGUCCCGAAGGCGGGCAGGGGAUAUGUGGCAGCGGGCCGGAUGGUGGGUGUGGCCGCCUGGGCUGCCCUGGUAUUUGCAGCCAUUGGCGUCAGGUACGUCGGAAUUUGGUUGGCGCUGGCGGCGGUGACGGUUGGUCGCGGGGCGCGGCGUCUGGCCGGUUUGCGGCCCGGGAAACGCCCGGUGAUGGCCAAACCCGUGACCCGGCCGGCUGCGGCGCCUGAACCCAAACAGCUUGACCAGCCCGAACCGGCGAGAGCGCCACAACCGGUCAAUCUUUCGCGGGCCGGCGGCUGGCAGUUGCCGCCGCUGGAGACCCUGGCGCCACCCGAGCCGCACGAAAUUGACGGGAAAGCCAUCGCGAACAUGACGGAGGAGAUCAAGGAAGCGCUGGCGGAGCACGGGGUGUACGUGGACGUCGAGGACGUGAAGGCCGGUCCGCGGGUGAUCAAGUUUGGAUUGGUUCCGGGAUACAUGCCGCAACGGGCCAGCAAGGACGGAGACACAUCGAAGCAACGACCGAGCCGGGUUCGAGUGGGCGAUAUUGCCAAGCGGCAGAAGGACCUGGCGCUGGCGCUGAAGAGUCCGUACAUCAGAAUUAUUGAGACGCCGGAGCCCGGCGAAGGGCUGGUGGGUCUCGAAGUGCCGAACCCGACGCCGGGAAAGGUGUUGAUGCGGUCGAUCAUAGAGGGGCCGGCGUUCAACAAGAUCGUGGAGAAGGGCGGGCUGGCGUUUGCGCUGGGCGACGACGCCGGCGGACAGUCGCUGGCGCUGGACCUGGCGGCGAUGCCGCACCUGCUGAUAGCGGGAGCGACCGGGUCCGGCAAGAGCGUGUGCAUCAACUCGCUGGUGGCGUCGCUGCUGAUGACGCGGCCGCCGGACGAGCUGCGGAUGAUCAUGGUGGACCCGAAGCGGGUGGAGCUGACGCCGUUCAACGGGAUCCCGCACCUGGUGAUGCCGGUGAUCGUGGAGCCGGACGAGGUGCAGCCGGCACUGCGGGGACUUAUCAACGAGAUGACCCGGCGAUACAAGCUGAUGGAGGAAAUGGGAGUCCGCAACAUCGCCGGGUACAACGCAAAAUCCGGCGAACCGAUGUGUUUCCUGGUGCUGAUCGUGGACGAACUGGCCGACCUGAUGAUGACGGGCGGGCUGGAAGUCGAGCAGCAACUGGUCCGGCUGGCGCAGCUGGGCCGGGCAGCCGGGAUACACAUGGUACUGGCGACGCAGCGGCCGUCGGUCAAGGUGGUCACCGGGCUGUUGAAGGCCAACGUGCCGGCGCGGGUCGCGUUCGCGGUGGCGUCCCAGGUGGACUCGCGGGUAUCCUGGACGGAGGGCGGGGCGGAAGCAUUGAUGGGCAAGGGCGAUUUGCUGUUGCUGAACAACGAUUUCCCCAAGGCCCGGCGGGGCCAGGGCACGCUGGUGUACGACGACGAGAUGGACCGCCUGGACGAGGGAACCGGAGAGCCGGACCCGGAGAACAUCGAGGACAUUUACCAGGGCAACGUGCUGGACCAGGCGCGGGACCUGGCGCUGCGGAACCCGAGGCUGACGUCGGCGAUGCUGGAGCGGCGGUUCAAGGUCCGCAAAUCGAUUGCCGACGAGCUGAUCGAGGAGCUGCGGGGAGAGGGGCUGGUGAUAGGCGGGUGA